AACUGUACAGACAUUCAAUAUCAACUAAGUACACGGUGGUCUCAACGCGACCCAUUUUUCAAAAACACGAACAUUUUUAAUAAUUUGUUUAAGUAUUUCAUGCAUACUGUAUAUGCAAACACAAUAUAUACCAAAUGCUGAGAAAAUGGCUCACAGCAAACAGUGUAAGUGUAUGUUUAACCCAGGGUUUGUUUAAGUUGCAAUCGUCUCAGAACCGUCAUCCUGGUUUGUACGUACCCCAUCUGUCAUGUAAAACACCCUGCAAAUAAUUUUAUGUACCAAAAUUGUGAAAUAUUCUCAAGCACGAUUCUGACACGAUUUCAAAUUUGUUGAAAAUGAAUUAAGAAUGACAACCCUUCCAUGUGGUUAGGAGUAAAGGUGGUAUAAUACUUUCGUUAUGUGUUUGUCAUCCAGAAAAUACCAUCCUCAAUUUAACAGAUCCUCGAUCGAAUUACUCUCAAAACAAACGAUAUUCUACGUUUAAUCAAAUCGCAACACGGUCGAAGAAAUAUAUUUAUUUGCUUUGUAAGUCAGCUGAAUAUAUAAACUUAAUCAAGUAAAUUGAAAAACAACCAACCCAUUUUUGCAUUAAGAAUACGCCUUGAAAUAAAUGUUCAAAUGUGCCUAUUGCAAAAAAUUGUUUUCAAUAAAAUAUUCCUUUUAGUAGAGUGAAAUAAAGUAUGUACUUAAAUUAAUUACCAGGUAUUACUACGCCAGACACGCCUGAAUUUUUUCAUUCAUGUGGAAUAUACGUGGUAGUUUACAAAUUCUUUCAAUCAGAUCUUUAAAGGCCGCAUGCAUUGUGAGACUGACAUUGUAACACCUUCAGAAGGGGCCCUUUCCACUACCUUUAAAAGGGGUGCCCUAGUUAAAGUCUCAUCCUCACAUUUUUGCGUGAUAUAUGUACCCGAUCGACGACGCAUGACAAGCCCAGCCUAGUCGCACAGCUUUAAUUUAAAAUAACUUUCGAAACCAUGUGCGAGUAAUACCUGUUUUAUUUCGUUGGAUAUUAUUAAAGGAGUAAAAGAUUUAAUCUAAAUCUAACAAGAUGAUGUUGCGUACCAAACUGUUUGUGGUAUUUUCUCUCCUGUCCCUGUUGUUUCAUAAUAACAUGGCUUCCACAAGUACAACUGACUCAACUCAGUCAGCUGAUACAACACAAUCAAUGACAACUGAUAGGACAGAGGACUCUUCGACCACACAACCAGCAUCAACAGCACAAACUGAAACAACAGAAGAAUCCACCUCUGAAAACUCUCAAACCACAACACAAGCAACGGUGUCUGAAAGCACUCCAACAGACACAUCAACACAAAGUGUCACAUCUGAGAGUUCUCAAGAAGCUACCACAACACUGGAGGCGACCUCUGAUGGUACUCAAACAGCCACAACACAAAAUACAACAGACAGUUCUCUUUCAGCCACAACACAAGGUGGAUCAACUGAAAGUACACAGGCAGCCACUCAACAAAGUUCAUCUGAAAGUACACAGGCAGCCACAACACAAACAGGAACAACUGAUAGUACACAGGCAGCCACUCAACAAAGCUCAUCUGAAAGUACACAGGCAGCCACUCAACAAAGCUCAACUGAAAGUACACAGGCAGCCACAACACAAGCAGGAACAACUGAAAGUACACAGGCAGCCACAACACAAGCAGGAACAACUGAAAGUACACAGGCAGCCACAACACAAGCGGGAACAACUGAAAGUACACAGGCAGCCACAACACAAUCAGGAACAACUGAAAGUACACAGGCAGCCACUCAACAAAGCUCAUCUGAAAGUACACAGGCAGCCACUCAACAAAGCUCAACUGAAAGUACACAGGCAGCCACAACCCAAGCAGGAACAACUGAUAGUACACAGGCAGCCACAACACAAGCAGGAACAACUGAUAGUACACAGGCAGCCACUCAACAAAGCUCAACUGAAAGUACACAGGCAGCCACUCAACAAAGCUCAACUGAAAAUACACAAGCAGCCACAACACAAGCGGGAACAACUGAAAGUACACAGGCAGCCACAACACAAGCAGGAACAACUGAAAGUACACAGGCAGUCACUCAACAAAGCUCAUCUGAAAGUACACAGGCAGCCACAACACAAGCGGGAACAACUGAAAGUACACAGUCAACCACUCAGCAAAGCUCAUCUGAAAGUACACAGGUAGCCGCAACACAAACAGGAACAACUGAAAGUACACAGGCAGCCACAACACAAGCAGGAACAACUGAAAGUACACAGGCAGCCACUCAACAAAGCUCAUCUGAAAGUACACAGGCAGCCACAACACACACAGGAACAACUGAAAGUACACAGGCAGCCACAACACACACAGGAACAACUGAAAGUACGAAGGCAGCCACAACACAAGCAGGAACAACUGAAAGUACACAGGCAGCCACUCAACAAAGCUCAUCUGAAAGUACACAGGCAGCCACAACCCAAGCAGGAACAACUGAUAGUACACAGGCAGCCACAACACAAGCAGGAACAACUGAAAGUACACAGGCAGCCACAACACACACAGGAACAACUGAAAGUACGAAGGCAGCCACAACACAAGCAGGAACAACUGAAAGUACACAGGCAGCCACUCAACAAAGCUCAUCUGAAAGUACACAGGCAGCCACAACCCAAGCAGGAACAACUGAUAGUACACAGGCAGCCACAACACAAGCAGGAACAACUGAAAGUACACAGGCAGCCACAACACAAACAGGAACAACUGGUAGUACAAAGGCAGCCACUCAACAAAGCUCAACUGAAAGUACACAGGCAGCCACAACACAAGCAGGAACAACUGAAAGUACACAGGCAGCCACUCAACAAAGCUCAACUGAAAGUACACAGUCAGCCACAACACAAACAGGAACAACUGAAAGUACACAGGCAGCCACAACACAAGCAGGAACAACUGAAAGUACACAGGCAGCCACAACACAAACAGGAACAACUGGUAGUACAAAGGCAGCCACUCAACAAAGCUCAACUGAAAGUACACAGUCAGCCACAACACAAGCAGGAACAACUGAUAGUACACAGGCAGCCACAACACAAGCAGGAACGACUGAAAGUACAAAGGCAGCCACUCAACAAAGCUCAACUGAAAGUACACAGGCAGCCACUCAACAAAGCUCAUCUGAAAGUACACAGGCAGCCACAACACAAGCAGGAACAACUGAAAGUACACAGGCAGCCACUCAACAAAGCUCAAUUGAAAGUACAGAGGCAGCCACAACACAAGCGGGAACAACUGAAAGUACACAGGCAGCCACAACACAAGCAGGAACAACUGAAAGUACACAGGCAGCCACUCAACAAAGCUCAAUUGAAAGUACAGAGGCAGCCACAACACAAGCGGGAACAACUGAAAGUACACAGGCAGCCACAACACAAACAGGAACAACUGAAAGUACACAGGCAGCCACUCAACAAAGCUCAACUGAAAGUACACAGGCAGCCACUCAACAAAGCUCAUCUGAAAGUACACAAGCACCCACAACACAAGCAGGAACAACUGAUAGUACACAAGCAGCCACAACACAAACGGGAACAACUGAAAGUACACAGGCAGUCACAACACAAACAGGAACAACUGAAAGUACGAAAGCAGCCACUCAACAAAGCUCAUAUGAAAGUACACAGGCAGCCACAACACAAACAGGAACAACUGAUAGUACACAGGCAGCCACUCAACAAAGCUCAUCUGAAAGUACACAGGCAGCCACAACACAAGCAGGAACAACUGAUAGUACACAGGCAGCCACAACACAAGCAGGAACAACUGAAAGUACACAGACAGCCACAACACAAGCGGGAACAACUGAAAGUACACAGGCAGCCACAACACAAGCAGGAACAACUGAUAGUACACAGGCAGCCACAACACAAGCAGGAACAACUGAAAGUACACAGACAGCCACAACACAAGCGGGAACAACUGUAACAGCAAUAGCAGAUUCAACUACGGAAUUAACUACACAACCUUCUACAACUGCGACACCUGCUGUAGUCUUUGACAUGCAGAUAACCUUUGAUACUACAACAACAGUGAAUUUAGACGAUGAAACUAGUCAGGAGUACAAGGAAUACAAAACAUUCGUAUACACUUCUCUGCGUGAUUACUACAGCAGGAAACUUGGAAGUGUGUUUGGAUCAGUUACAAUUUUGUCAAUAAGCAAAGGUAGCGUUAUUGUAAACUACACAUUGACAACCCAAACUGUGGCCACGGGGGAGGUAAUAAACGCAGUGCAGGAACUCGUCCAAGGUACCGAGAAGGUUACCAUCAACGGGACUUCCGUGUCUGCCAACAACGGAGUUAUAGGAACCUCAGGAUCUGGUAGCACAGGCACUGGUACUUCUGUGGAAUUGAAUAGAGAGAAAGAGACCGAUAAAUGUCAGAUCCUCAACACCAUUAGUUCCUGUUCAUCCGAUACCGUCUGUGUUGUCGAAUCAGGGAUUGCCGUCUGCAAACCUAUAGUAAAAAAUGACAACCUUUCGUUGAUCCUGGGUUUAGCCAUUGGUAUUCCUGUAUUCUUCCUAUUGACUUUCAUCGUAGCCCUGGUCUGCAUACUAAUGAAGAAGAAUCGGAAGAGCCGAAGGCUAAAGGAAGAAGAAGAUUGGGAUCCAAAAGACUAUCCCCAUCUUUCUUUACCCUACAAAUACGAUAACCACGGCUUUUACAAGCACCAUUACUUUAUGCCGGAUGAUGUAGAACUUGAGGUGUUGCCGUCCAGUAAGGCCUUCAAGGGAAACGCUCCCUGGAACACCCCGGGUGGUUUGGAAAGCUGGGAUGAGUAUCGCAUGCCCCGCCCACAAAUGUACAGAUCUCCACACCCUGCCUUUGUUAGCGAUACAUAGGAAGCACUGCAUUGGCAACAAUCCCAAUAUAUGGUUUUAAAAAUGUGUCUGGAGUGUGUGUCACAGUGCGAGUGCGGCAUGUCAUACCCUAUAAGUACCCGGAUAUUCCGACAUACAGCCUUGAUAGAAUGUGUUCGACUCAUGCCAGUCAUGUGUUGUUAUCAUCGCAUCAUAUUUAUGCAUCGUGUACAUGAGUUUGUGUGAAUACCCAAAUAUGUACUCGUAGCAACUAUUGUCAGAACGUAUGAAAAAUAAAUUCGACGCGAACGAAAUUUACGUUCAAGGCCUAAAUGACUUUAUAUGAUACGAGACUGCCAUAAUUAGCAAAAGAAUAUAGCGUAUUUGCUGUUUUCCACUGUCAGAAAUUGCAAUACCUCAGCUUCUUAUGAAGUCAGAAUCAAAUGUGUGCUACAUAUACUAUCAUUAUUAAUGUUGGCUUGAAUCAUACAAGGAACCAUGUUAAGGGCAUUUGUAUAAUGGUUUUUGUAUAUAUUUAUAUGUAAAUGUAAGUAAUGUGCAAUCAUUUUAAUUAUUUCAAUGCAUUGUUAUGUAUUUUAAAAACCCGCAUUGAAAUGAAAAAUCUUAUAUCUUUGUACGUUUAUAGUAGGUAAUUUAUAUGAUUUUUGAAGGGGGAAAAAAAGAGUCUAAAAAUCUCUCA